GUGACCAUCGAGGUGUUGAAUGACCCACCCACGGAAGUGGACACAGACCUGGUUAAAGAAUGGAAUAAUGACUGGCCUACAUCUUCUCCCUCCUCUGCUGUAGAAUGGCUGGGGGGGAAGAAGCUGUUCUGGCCUUUAUUUUGGGGCUAUGCAGAUGUAGAUUCAGGUGAGGAUGGUACUGGCCAAGCAGUGGAGGAAGAGGAUGAUUAUGCACUGGAGUAUGACAGUGGGGAGCCCCUUCCUAGUGGGCUGGGCAAAACAGGUGGCAACUUGCAAAGCCCAUGGACCCAACGCCAUUAUGGAGAGAAAGAGGAAGAAUGGAGCACAUGGAGUUCCUGUACUGUCACGUGUGGCCAUGGCAACCAGACCCGCUCACGUUCUUGUGGAGAUUUUUGCAUCUCCACCGAAUCCCAAAGCUGUGACCUUAUGCCAUGCCCAGAUAAUUGGAGCAGUGUAGCUCAUGUCUUUCCAUUUGAGAUGGAAAAUGGUACAGAACCCUUUGGCACUGAUGUUGACAGCUGCGAGAAGUGGUUGAAUUGUACGAGUGAGUUUCUCCAGCGUUACCUGCAGCAGGUAUUGACUGAAUUACCCAGCUGUCCAUGCACAUAUCCUUCAGAAGCCUUCAACAAUAUAGUCAGUCUGCUGGAUGCAGGACAUGAUCGGACCUUCCAAUGGAGGGAUGCUAGCGGCCCAAUAGAACGUCUGGAUAUCUACAAACCAUCGGCACGCUCUUGCUUGCGUUCUGGCCUCUCAAGAGAUGGCACCAUCCUGGCUGCCCAGCAUUGUUGCUAUGAUGACAACAAACAUCUAAUUACAAGGGGCAAAGGUGCAGGUACCCCCAACCUAAUAAGCACAGAGUUCUCUCCAGAACUGCAUUUUAAGGUGGAUGUAUUGCCUUGGAUACUGUGCAAAGGAGACUGGAGCAGGUUUCAUGCCGUCCGCCCACCCAAUAAUGGCCUGCAUUGCACUGAGAAUCCCCAACAGGACAUUUUCAUGAAUGAAUUGGAGGAGGCAAGAGAAUAUUAGGUCACCAAAUUACUGUCUCUUCUCUGACACACCAUGUCCUGCUGUGGUGCUUAACCCAAUACAAAUAUACCAGCCAGCCGCAUAUAGAGCUAGUCCUAUGUUGUUGGAUGCAUUGUCAUAACUGUGUUCGCAAAGCAUGGCCCUCUAGCUUUUCUUAUGUUUGAAAAUAUUGUGGAAAUUUUUCUCAUCUGUUGAUGAUCUUUGUUAUGAUAUGUCAAUCUUGUAACUCUUGUAUUUGUGUAAAUGACCAAUACAGCAUUUUGUUGUAUUUUGUUGUUGCUGCUUCAAUCACAUACAGUGGGGUACAACAGUCUGACACUACUACUGAAAAAUGUUUGUCAAAUUUAAUACAUAUUUAUUACAAUCUACAAAUUAUCAGCAUAACAAUUCUAAUGAAAAAAAAUUGCAUGAAUUUUGCUUGAUGGACAGCAGAACUCAAGCUAACAUGAGUUCCACGUUUGUGCAGAACCUGAUGAUAAUGUUAUCCGGCAUGAUUUGAGAAUAUUACAAAGAGGCAUCUUAUGUGCUUCAGUCUGACCUUUGUUACUUAAAUGGUCAAUCUAAUUAGCUUAUGAAAAUUGUAUUUAUUAUUUGUUUUAAUAUUAACAUUCAAUGUGGUCUCUGACCUUUGAACCCCACUGUAUUUCCUUUGAUAUCAGUCCCGUCUAA